GGAGCACAUUGUUCGCUGCGUCCCCACUUCGCCGUCGGCGGUCAAAUGCUCCCUGGCCGGGGAGGAAAUUCCCAGUUAGAGUGAUUCCAGCUAGCAGGGAUCUGGGCGGCUUCAAAAGCGAGGCGAUAGUGGAAAAGGGGCGAGGGGCGACACGCUUGGUUUUGCAGCUUAGGGCUGUUUCAAUUGCAUUGCUUUCGCUCGUCUUUCUCCGGAGGACCACAUCGCAUCUGCUGACCAGGAGGACGAUAUUUAUUGGUGCGGGCAGCAGCCGGAGAGAUGACGGAGUACAAGCUGGUGGUGGUGGGCGCUGGGGGCGUGGGCAAAAGUGCCCUCACCAUUCAGCUCAUCCAGAACCACUUCGUGGACGAGUAUGACCCCACCAUCGAGGACUCGUACAGGAAGCAGGUGGUGAUUGAUGGGGAGACGUGUCUUCUGGACAUCUUGGACACUGCUGGACAGGAAGAGUACAGCGCCAUGCGGGACCAGUAUAUGAGGACCGGGGAGGGUUUCCUCUGCGUCUUCGCCAUCAACAACACCAAGUCCUUUGAAGACAUUCACCAGUACAGGGAGCAGAUCAAGCGGGUAAAGGACUCGGACGAUGUGCCCAUGGUGUUGGUGGGGAACAAAUGCGACCUGCCAGCCCGCACGGUGGACACGCGCCAGGCGCAGGAGCUGGCACGCAGCUACGGCAUCCCCUACAUCGAGACCUCAGCCAAGACGAGACAGGGGGUGGAGGAUGCUUUCUACACCUUGGUGCGUGAGAUCCGACAGCAUAAGCUCCGGAAGCUGAACCCACCAGACGAGAGCGGCCAGGACUGUCUGAACUGCCGCUGUGUGGUGUCGUGACCCGGCUCGUCGACCGGGUGGGGGGGGCCGGGAUCCAGCAAGCAAGGGCCGUGUGGCAAGAUGGACGUGAAGGGACUGCUCAAAAAAAGGAAAAUAUACAAAUACAAGUUAUGGGAAAGCGAGGAGGAAGGAUGAAGCUGUUUGACCUUAGGGCGGGGAUCUGAGGGUGGCUUGCCCACCAGGACGUCUCCCCGCCCGAUGCACACACGCACAUCACCAAGGACUUAUCUCCUGUGUGCUUCACUCAGGGCGAGUCUGUGAGUCCUUUAACUUAUUGUUUUGCAGUCUCAACACUGGACUUUCGCUGGACGCUUCUGCCCAUGCCUUCCUGACGGCAUGCCCCACACUGGCCUUGCUAAGAGCCCUCUGGUGACAUUGGACAAGCCUCAAAAUGGCUGCAGGUGGAGGGAGCGGCAAAUGAAAUUACAGCAUCAUUUCCGUUUGUAUUUAGCUAAAAGGAAUGUUGUGAAUUGAUUCUUGGGUAGUCUGUUUAAAAAAGAUCUUGCUUUAUGUGCUGAGUGUUUCCUGUCGGCCAUCCUGGGCGUCACGUUGGUGAGUGGGCGGGGCUCCAGGCAGGGUUCACAUUACGUUACUUUGCGCUCUGACACCCGUGUCAUAUGAUCCCCCCCCCCUGCUGGGGCCCACAGCAGUGGGUCUCCAAGGUCCUGUUUGCUGCAUUUGCUCAGGCUUCUUUGUCAGGGGAGGGGCAGCCCAGUGGAUUGGCAUGUAAGUGGCACCUUCCUGCACAUGACCUGCCCAGGAUGGACACGUGAUACACAUUAUUUAACUGGGAUGUAGAUCAGUGGAGUCUUUAAAUCAUCUGUUCUUUUUUGUUGUUUUAAUUCUCCCUCUUGGCGAUGUAAAGUCAUUGCAGUACGACGCACUUGACUACCCACCCUUUCUGUUGCUUAGUUUAAUUCAUGAACCCAUUUUCUGACUUGUUUUGUUAAAAAAAAAGCUUUAUUUGAAGCUAGCUACAGUGAUUUUUAUGUUGUUGCCAGUGUAUUUCUGUUAGAGAUCAGGGAUUGGGUACAGAGGGGUUCAGACCACGUAACCUGCUAAUCACAGCUCUAACAGUUACUGUGAUGUCAUUAAGAUGCCUCUUUCCUACCCAGUUCCCCGUCUUUGGUUUUGAUUGACAGUCGUUCGUGGGAGCUGUCAGUCUCUCUGGAGGUCUUGAUGUAGCUCAGGAAUUGUGGUGGAUGAAGUCCUUUCUGAUUCUGCCGUCUAAGAUGGGCAUUCAGUUUAAGUGACAAUAUUUGUCUUCCUUAUGGUACAAAAUGCUUUUAUCCUCCGUCUGUUCAUUGGAAACUCGAUCCAGAUGCCUCAGUGUUUUAUAUCUUUGUUUUUUUUUUCACUCCUUAAUGUGAAACGUCUGAACUAAGGGUGGGAAAUGCAAAGGGAAGAGAGUGCUCUGUGUAAUGAUAACCUCUUCUGUUGUGUGUAUUUUAGUGCUGCUUCAUUUUUUUUGUCUCACCUCAUCAUCCUCAGUAUAAUUGGCGUGAUAUUUUCCUCUGGCAUUGUAUGGAAAUUGAUGCAAGAUUGUCUUACAUGACCUCACUCUGUUUUUAGUUCAUGAACUGAUAAACAUCUCUGGAUCAAGCAACUUUUCCAAUCAGUGUCGUAUGGAAAAUCGAGACAUUUUUAAUCAUUUUGAAAUAUAAAUUUUCAUAUGCCAAUAAGUAAUGAAGGAUUCAACUGUACGUGUCGUUUUUGUUUCAGCAGGUUGACCCUUGGUUGCCUCAUAAGUAUAGAAGCAUCCUUGGGUUUGGACUGUCUGGGGUGCUCCUUAGUGUUUGAAUGUAGGUUUAGUCCAUAAAAUGUGUUUAAUUUCUAAUCUAACUAUUCAUAAACUGUGGUAGGGUUACAGUGUAGAGUAACCAGAGAAAGUAUACAGGUUAAAAUACCAAGUUAAUGUUUUUUAUUAUUAUUUUUUACCCAGAGCGUUUCUUUCUCCAAAUGCUCAUUGUAUAAGCUUGUAACUAUUUUAAAAAGGAGUCGAACCUAACUUAAUGGCCACUUGGUUAAAAUGCUUCAUUUUGUCCCUUUUUUAUUGACUGUAUACUAAAAGGAACUGCGGCAUUCUGCAGCUGAAUAUGGACUUUUCGCGGGUUUGAUUGACAGAUCGCCGGAAAAGAAAAAAAACGAAAAGCCCACAUUCGUUUGCUUUAAAUGUAUGCAAACAUUGCAUCUGAAUAGUGUGCUAGGACACGCUCGGAGCGCAUUUUUGGCAGAGGAAAAUAGUACCCACACCCAGAAGCCCUACUGGGCAAAAUGCUACAGAAAAAGACGGGGCAAAUAGUGUGUGUGUGUGGGCGGGGGAGGGAAGGCAGGUCAGCUAGGGACUGUCCUCGAAAAUGAUAGCAUGCGUCAGGGACACCGGUGAAAUGAACACCUUACCAGCAUUGGCCUGUUUGUAUAUCUCAGCAGUCUGAUUUUUAGUGACCGCUCUUGGCUGGCUCUUCUCAGUGCGCGUCCGGGCUAUUCAACCACCAGGGGUCGCUGUUUUUUUUUUUUUUUUU